AUGCGAGGGAAACCUCCUGGGGCCAAGCAGCUGCAUCAGGCUGAGCUCCUUGAGCCACCCAUCGCCGGGCUGGGUGGUGGCACCAGUACUAACACCAAGGCCAGCCACGUGUGUCGGGUUAACUGUGGGGCUCGAGCGUGGGAAGCCCGUGUGGCCAGGCAGACAGCAAGGAACGCUGGAAAGGAGGAUUCGGGCCAUGUGGUGCCCAUAAAAAAUGAAUGCAAAACGUUUCAAAACUGGCAGCCCCUGGAAAACAUCAAAGGCCAAAGAGGGACCGGCUCUCAGGUCAUGAGCUGUCUCUUCGUUCCUGAACGAGGUCUGGUGAUAUCGGUGCAAGCUUACCUCCAGUAGGAGAGUGGGCACACAUAUUUUAGCACUGCUGAAAGGGAAAUCGUGAGAGCUAUCAAAGAGAAGUUGUGCUACGUAACUUUAGAUCCCAUCCAAGAACCUAAAGCAAAGCCAGAAGAAAUCAUGAAAGAAUACAGACUGCCUGACAACAAUAUCACCCGGACAGGCAACCAGCUCUUUUGUGCACCAGACCUUUGUGUGCCUGCAAACACUGGAGCUCCUGGUGUGCACAAAAUGAUCUUCAACAACAUCAUGAAUGACAUCAAUGUGCACAGGAAUCUUUAUGGCAACAUCCUGCUCCCAGGUGGGUCCACACUCUUCCCUGGCUUGGAGGAGCAGAUGCUGAAGGAUGAAGCUGCAAGUGCUGCUGACAUGUUUGUGAGGAACAUUGCACCUCCAGAGAGAAAAUACUGUGUGUGGACUGGAGCCUCCAUCCUCAGCUGCCUGACAUCUUUCAAACAAAUGUGGGUCACCGCCAGCAGUGACAAGGGUUUGGGGGCAGCUGUCAUUCAUCAGAAAUGCUUUUAA